UUUUUAACUAAAAUGAAAAAAUGCAGUGCUGAUGGUUUUUAUGCCUUAUCAGAAGACCUGAUUCAUCUAAAGGAUGAAGAGGAACUAUAGUAGUUGUAAUCUCUUAAUAGCAAAUCUCUGAAACUUGGUUUAAUUAUUUCCUCAUUUCAGUCAGAGAUAGGUAACUGUGGUGGUCUUUGGGAAAAGGAAGCUAGUAGUGACUUAUUUAUGGUUGACAAAAAUAAUAAUUCCUGAUAAUUUCUUCAUCAGAAAUGGACUAUGAAUAUGAUAGUAAAUCCACUUCUUCAUAAGGGAGAAGACUGAUGUGGAAGGAACACUGUUUGUUUACACAAGGUAUGUUUCAAAGCAAGCUUUAUCCUCUAUAUGCUGGAGUUUUGGGGUGUUGAUCAUGAUUUGCCUGCUGUGUAUGUGAUGGGCAGAAGACAGAGCAGCUGGCAGACACAGAGUUGCAGCUGUUAAACUGAGGUAGUUGAACAGAUCAGCUUCUCCCAGGCAUGGCUUCACCAUUAUGAACAGGCUGAGCAUGGAAAAUCGAACAGAGCCCAUCACUAAAGACUUAGAUUUCCAGCUGCAGGACCCUUUUCUGCUUUACAGAAAUGCCAGAUUCUCACUCAGCAGGAGCAAGUCAAAGCACGGCAGGGGGCUGGAACAGGAGCCUCUCCAAUGAUCCAGAGCUCUGGUGAUAGCAAAGAAGUGGAUAUUUUACGGAUGCUUACCAAGGCCAAAGAUGAAUACACCAAGUGUAAGACCUGUUCAGAGCCAAAACAAAUGACUAGUUCCUCUGCUAUCUAUGACAACCCCAACCUGAUCAAACCAAUACCAGUGAAGCCCAGUGAAACUCAGCACCAACAAAUACCUCAGCAAGGCAAGAACAUGGACCCUGAACCACACCACUUAUCUCUGACAGCACUGUUUGGAAAAAAAGAAAAUCCUACCACAUACCAAGAUGUUUCAGAACAGUCACAGAAAAAUCACCAACUUAAUCUUCCUGCCAGGCAGAGGGUGGUGCGUUCACUGUCAUAUGAGGAACCUAGCAGACAGUCACCUUCAGCAGAGAAGCAUCUUUGCCCAGCUAUUCAAAAACUUAUGGUGCGUGGGACAGACCUUCACCCACUCUCUGAGCUUCCUGAGAAUCGACUGUGUGAAAACGGCAAUAUCCGCUCUGGGGGGGAGGUUUUUACUGGACUCUUUCAAUCUGUGACUUCUCAUGGUAUUGUAACAUCUCAUCCAGACCAGGACACAACUGGCACUCAAAGUUUGUUACAGAAACUGCAGGGUCCGUCUGGAUCAAUGACCAAAAUGGACCCAAGUGCAACAGGUCCUGUAAGGUCAGCAGCUUCAAUUUUCAACAGGACUUCUGCUACAGUAUCAGCAGCACAGAUAAAUAACAUGACCCAGCAACGUCUGGUUUAUUUCAAUGGCUCUCUUCCAACCCAAAGUUUAGGGCCUCAGACUGUUGUUAAAGAACAGUCCAAAGUUCCUGAUCAGCCACUUUCCCUCUCUGGCAACCAGUCAAUCAAUUCUGGAGUGAUUUCACCCCAAGAGUUACUGAAAAAACUCCAGAUAGUGCAACAGGAGCAACAGUUACAUGUGUCCAGCAGACCUACAUUAGCAGCUAAGUUUCCUGUGGUUACUCAGAACACCAACACUCUGAAACCCUUGGAUUCCUGGAUAGACAAGGCAUCAGGUGCAGAAAAGCAGACUCCUCUCUUUCAGGUAAUCUCACCUCAGCGUAUUCCUGCUACCGUGACUCCUACACUGCUGAUGUCUCCCAUGUUGUUCACGCAGUCCACACCUGCUCCGCCAAAGGCAAGUGAAAGUAGGUGCUUACCACCUGCAAAUCAAGAAUCUCCUGCCAAUGCCGCUAGUCUUCUCCUUCCUAUGCAGAAUCCAGAGCCAUCAAUCAUAAAUAGCAACUCCUUGACCAAGAUGCAACUGCAGGAAACACUUUUACACCUGAUCCAGAAUGACGACAACUUCUUAAACAUUAUCUAUGAAGCAUAUCUCUUCAGUGUGAGAAAGGCAGCCAUCAAAAAGUCUGUGUAAAAGAGAAUUUUUAAAUUAAAUUUCUAUGACUUCCUGAAUUCCAGGAAGAAAAAGUCUCAUGCCAACUGGCAUUACAUUGUUUAAAAGUUCCUGCCUUUAAAAACAAUAAAAUGAAAUAAAUGGUCAUAGACUUUUUAGAUACGCUUAAAUAUUGCUUGUUGGCAAGAACAUGCUGUACUGAGAAAUGUGUGGGUGGAAACUGCUUUCCUGGGAGGAGAGUAACAAGGCUAAAGACUUAAUCACAAAAUAUCUUAAAUUAUUUUUCUUAUAUGAGCCUGUUACUAGAUAAAUUAUAUUUCCUUCGUAAAGACUCUGUUCUCAGAGUUCAUUUUUCUUUUUAUUUAUAGCUGUGAUUAUUCAUGGACUAGAUAUUUAACAUAUUUUGUUCUCAAGUAGAUGUUAUCACUUCUAUUACUCAACACUUUCAAAAUGAACAAUGCCCAUUCAUUGCCACCAUGUGGCAGUAUUGGACUGUUUUUAAACUCUGAAGAUCUUUUGAAGCAGAGGUUCUUCCAUCAAGUUUUUUUUUAAAAAGUUUCAAAGAACAUGGUGACGUUUUUCCUUAGCGGUUUUUUUUUUAAGGAAAAUCAGUUUGUUUGUCUUCACAAUAUUGAUAUCCAAAUGCAGAAAUGGAACUCCUCAGAGUUUUUUAAAAUUAUAGGGUGGCCCUUUUGUUUGUGAUUUUUCUUGUUGUUAGAAAGUAGAUCUGAUGUGGCACUAGCUAUAUGUUUCUGUGCUUAUGGAAACAAUCUGCAUAAUCAUAAGCAAUAUAUAAACUGUUCAAGAAAACAAUUAUUUGGUUUAUAAAUCUUUUUUUAAGUAUGUUCCUCCAAGAUGGGUCAGUGGUUUCAAUGAUACAUUUAUAAAGAAAAUAAAAUGGAUUAACCAGA